CCCGCUAUAAAUCGAGCCCGUAACGCUACUUCAAGCCUACCCAGUUUGAGAUCGAGAGAGAAGAAGAAAGCGAGAGAGAAGGAGGAAGAUGGUUCUUCUAGAGAAGCUGUGGGACGACGUGGUGGCCGGGCCUCAGCCCGAGCGCGGCCUCGGCCGGCUGCGCAAGCUCGCCACCAGCAAGCCCCUCGUCGUCGCAGAUGCCGGGGAAGGCGGCGAGAGCAGCAGCGCCGGAGGGAAGUACCAGCGGUCGGUAUCCAUGCCGACGACCCCGCGGACGCCCGCCACGCCGGCGUCCCCGGCGUCGGCCCGCAAGGAGAACGUGUGGAGGAGCGUGUUCCACCCGGGGAGCAACCUCGCCACCAAGAAGAUCGGCAGCGAGUACUUCGACAAGCCGCAGCCCAACUCCCCCACCGUCUACGACUGGCUGUACAGUGGCGAGACUAGGAGCCAGCAUCGCUGAGGCGAGGGAGUGGCCGAGAUCCAGGGGCUCGAAGCCGAUGCCCGGUGAGGUGGCCAUGUACAUAGAUGGUGUCCCCUGCUAUGCUCUGUUUUCAGCAGGGUCUAAAAAGCUUUUGCUAAGUAGUAUUCGUAUGUAUGACUUUGAUGAGUGAGUGUUGCGUUUGAAGGUAUGGCGGUUUUGUGACAAGUCAUGAAAGCGAUGUAAUGACUUAUGUGAUAUGGAAUAUAUGAGUAGUAAUGAGUACGUGAAAGAGCUGAUUAUGAAAA